AUGAGCUACUUUGUGCAUCACUAUGUCAUCUUGGUUGGUGCUGUUUUUAAAAUGCGAACAUUUGACUGGGGAAAUGGUUUUAUAAGGUUUUUUCUAUAUUUUCGGGUCAAGAAUCAGAAGAAAUUUCGGGCCAAACAGAAGUCAUAGAUUUUUGAAAAAGUGCCUUAAGAAGCUUUUAAAAUGCGACCGUUUGUAUUUAAAUUUUGAAAGUCUUAGUUUAGAGCUUGAAAUUCUUUAUCUGAAAAAAGGCCUAAAAAGCCUGGAAAAUGCGCUCUGGCGAACUUUCCUACUAAUUUUUCGAAAAGCGCUUUCAAAAAAUAGUACAAGGAGACUCGAAAUCCAGUUUUUGAGCUAAAAAAUCGCAUUUUUCGCUAAAAAUUGAAAAAACCAUAAAAACGUUACCAAAGCGAAAUUUUAAAAAAAUCCAUCGAAAUUUUUGGAAAAUUUUAAAGUUAUUGCAAAGCUAGACGACUGGGAAAGAUUUAAUCUCAAAACACUAAUUUUUGAGUCAGAUUUUCAAAGAAGCCUCAAAAACUUAAAAUCCCAAAAAAACCAUAAAAAGGUGGUCUUUUGCGCUCUAUUGAUAAAAACACUUUUUUUUUGUUAUUUUCAAAUUUUUGCGUCAAAAAUUAGAAUGUUCUUCACAACAAAGAAGCUAUCAAUUCUCAAAAAAGUGCUGUAGGAAGAUUUUAAAAUGAGAACGUCCUUUUUUUUUCUGAAUGUGGAAGUCUUGUUAUUGAAAGCUGGACGACUGGAGAAGAGAUUCCGUUUCAAAAACCCAAUUUUUGAGUUUGAAUUUUUGAAGAAAAUGAUGACAGAAAAAAGCCAUCAAAAGGUGGUCUUUCGCGCUCUAUUGAUAAAAAUCUUCUUUUUUUCAGGCUUUUUGAUGAAUUUUCGUUCAGAUGCACGGUGUAGCAAUGGACCACCCACCCAUACUGAUUGUUAUGGAGUUCUGCCCCGGCGGGAAUCUCGAGAGGCACCUUGUCGAUCAGAGAGACCGGAUUGAGACUGGGGAACGCAUGGUAUAUAUAAUGGAGGUUCGUUUCGUUUUACAUGGAUCAAUGGAUCAAGGCGUCCUUGAAGCGAUUUUCUGAUUUCUAGGGCAGUGCGUCCGACCAGAAACUCCUUGCGCGUAUCUUUCGAAAAUUGCAGCCAAACAGUCGAAAUAUGCGAAAAAAACAACUUUGUUCCAAAUAAUAUUUAGUUUACUCAUGAAAAUCUUCUUAUUGCUCAUAUUAGCUCAUGAUUGCAGGCGGCCAGAGGCAUGCGUUAUCUCCACUCCAGGCAAUGCGUUCAUCGCGAUUUGGCGGCGCGAAACUGUCUCAUCUCGGCUCAAGGUUCAACUUUUGAUCAUCUUAUUAAAGUAAAGAGUUUCGAAUCUUCAUCAGUUAUUCUGGGAAAAUUUUUUAGUCGACCCUUUAGGGUUUUGACGUUUUAGUGGCCACUAUAGUAGUCGAAUUAGUAGGGGUUAAAACUUAGUGGCCACUCUAGAGGUCUAAGUGCUAUAACCAGACCACUAAAAAUUUUAGUGGCCACUCUAGGGGUCAAUGGAUCAAAAUAACUGGUCCAAUCUGUUUGUUUUGAAAUUAUCAGAGUUACUGAAAGGAAUACUGGAUGAAAAACUACUGAAGUAGUCACUAAAACGGGAAUUAGUGACCACUUUAGUUUUCUCUCCAAGUGGUCCUUGGCGAGCCUCCAUAGUGGGCACUAAAAAUUUUCCCAGUUUGAAAUUUCUGAUCUUUAGCCAAUUUUCUAGGUUAUUUUUAAAAUUCGGUUUCCAGCCUACCUCUUGUUUUCCCAGUUAAAAAUUUCAGAUCUUUUGAAAAUGGAGGAUCGACUUCUAUAUUCCCACUGUUUCCGUACUUUUUGAGCUGUAUCCUUCUAAAUCUUCUAGCCGAUUUUUGAUUUUUGAGGCAUUUUCAAGCUAGAACUUGGUUUCACCUUUAAAUUAAAAACACUUUUCGAACCCCUCCAGGCAACCCUUCAAUUCUCUUUUCCGGAAAUUCUUAAUUUUUUCCAGAAAAGUCACUUUGAGUUUGUCAAAUCAACCCUUUUUUACCUUUAAACUAUCCCGAGAAAAUCCCAGACCUCUCAAAAAACAUAAAAAACUUCCAGCCCAAAUCUUUGAUUCCCAAACAUUACAGGGCACUUGAAGAUUGCCGAUUUUGGGCUCUCCAAACUCUUAGAAAAAGAAGGACGAGGACGGCAUGGACGACCCCUCACCACAGAUUCCCGUCAGGUUCGUUGGAAAAGAGAUUGAUUAAAAAAUCACGCUGAAACUAGAUGGAUGGCGCCGGAGUCCCUGAGAAGGCCGAUGAAGUUCUCCAGGAGCAGCGACUCGUGGGCGUUUCGGGGUUCUGAUCUACGAGGUGAUAUCGAUCGAGUUUCAAUCGAUAAUUGAGUGAGAUUCUAGAUCUUUCAAUGAAGGGGAUAAAGCCUUGGCCGAACGAUCCAGCGAAAAAAGUGGCAACCAACAUCCGGAAGGGGAACAUGCCGCCGAUGCCAGAGAGGACGCCGUCGGAGGUCAAGGAUAUCGUCGACAAGCUCUGGUUUGUUUUAUUCGUCCGGACCAAUGGUGAGAAGUUUCAAAAACCUAGUAAAGUUAGUGAGUUCUGGAGAGAGGAUAGAGUGAUAAAGCUGAGGAAAACAGUGUAAAAUCACUCUUGAGUGUGUUUUGAAGUUUUUCAACAGGAAAUGGGGUGUUCUCAAACAAAAUUGACCUCGUAUAGUCCAUUAGAAUGACGAGGCGUCAAAAUGCAAGGGCCUUUCGAAGAAAAAGUCACUACGCUGUUACUAUCGGGUUGGUAGGGGCUGGUUAGGUUUUUUGGAAAGCCGAAGACUUGUUUUACAAGAAAAAAAGGUUUCUGAUUGAAAAUUGACGUUUCUCUUUUCGAAUCUCAAGAGAAAAAUUUCGAUUUUUUCGAUUUUCGGUUUUUUGCUCACAAAACUUGUCUGACUCGAGCAAACCAGUUUUAUCUCUGGAAUUAAGUUAAUGCAUAGUUGUUUGAAGUCUGUGCAAAAUUUCAAGUGAUUUGAGCCUUUUUUUAGAAAAGUUAUGCUCGAACAACCACUUUGAGAAGAAAUGAUCCUUUUGGGGUGAAAAAGGCCCCUUUUUUGCUGCCUUUUUGCGCCAUCUUAUCGGCUCUCAUGGACCAUUUUUGCUGGCUCUUCCUUAUUCCACCGUUUCUCGACCUCAUAAAAAGUGGAAGGCUCGAUGAAGGAAUUCACUUUGCUUCUUUUUGCAACAUUUUUCGAGCCUCUCUUCUACCCACCAUUCCAACUUUGCCCGAGGUUGAAAAAAGUUCAUUUUGCUUUUUAGUGGGUUUAGUGAGCCUUAGAAGAGCCGAAGAUCUUUUUCUUCGACUUAACUUGACUGAGAGGUACUCUAAAUCAUCCUGAUCCCAAUAAAGUCAAAAAGGCGCAUUUUCAAGUUUAGAUGACGCUUCAAAGAGGCCUUUUUUGACGAAGCGGCUGAAAAUGGGCCUUUUUUCAGCCCCUGAUUUAUGAUUAAACCUAGGCCGACAUUUUUUUUUUUUGCCGAAAAUGGAGAUUUUUAAGCCUCUGACUGAAUAUUAAUGAAACUUUGCAGAGAGAUCGUUUCGGGCCUCCUGAUUCUAGAAGAAAUGUCUUGCAUUCGCUUCAAAAACCCCUCAAAUAUUGAUUUUCCAUGAUCUUACGAAAUCACAUUGGAGUUCCAAAAAAACUUUCACAUGCUCCGGAAUCAGGAGGUCCAAAAGUACACUUCAGCAAAGUUUCAAUCAGAAAGCUGGUUCUUUUCACCUCGCCCUCAAUAACAUUGUUCGGAGACUCGAACGAGAGCACAGAAACUCUGCGGAGAGGCCAGACGACGAGACGUCCAGCGUCGAGUCGGGCGCAACUUUUGCAGGGGGUAUAUAUACGCGAGAGUCGGCGGCGGUCGGCGGGGGGCUUGCCCCCCAAAACCCCACAAUGAAAAAAAAGCCUUCAACCUGUGAGGCCUAGGUCCGGAUCCGCCGUUUCUGAGUCGGUGUGGCCGCUGCGGUGGCCCCCGGCGCGGUGAGCCUAACAUGACCUGGCCCGCAGAGGGGUUUUGCCAUUUUUGGAUGAAAAAGCGUUUUGUAUUUUUUUUUUGGGUCUAAAAUGAAUUUUCAAGGGAUCGUUUUGAAGAAUAGCGAAGAAAGAUUUAUCAAAAAUGACCUGGCUCACCAAAGAGUCUUGCCAAUUUUUGAAGGAUGUUAGUGGUUUUUUGCAUGUUUUCAAGUCGAACAAGUGAACUUUUUCAAGCCCCUGGUUGAAAUUCACUUAAGGAUUCCUAAGUCCCGAAAAAAAUUUCACGCAAUAGAUUUUUUUUUUUUCCGAGCCUUUGAUAUUCGCAAAGAACACAAAUGAGAGUUUUUAGAAGUUUGAAGAGCCUAAAACACUGAAUGAGCUGCUCAAAGUUUGAAUUUCGUAGCUUCACUGCUUUUUUUUUCAGAAUCAGGAGGCCCUAAAUUUUCUUUUCGGCCAUGUUUCAGCAAAAGUUCUAUCGAAUAACAGUGCCUGAAAGACGCCAAAAAUACUUUUGACCUUAAAAACCAUUCAAAAUAAGUGUUCAAGUAGCUCCUUUAGUGUUUUAGGCCCUUAACUAAAUUUCACUAGUUAGAAAAAGUCACAAAAAAUUUUCGGAAAAGAAGACGAAAACUGUAGUUUGACCUCUAAUGAGGACGAACUCGGACAUUGGUAACGCGAAACGGACGUUUCUGGGCGAUUCUAGGGAUCACUUAAGAGAUCUGAGGCUACUAAAGUGAUCACUAGAAAUGCCCCGACAUGUACGGAGCACGUCUGUUCCGCUCUGGACGUUUUUAGGGAUCACUUAAGAGUUCUGAGGCCACUAAAGUGGUCACUAUAAAUGCCCCGACACGUCCGAUUCGCGUUACCAAGGUCCGAGAAGACUGAAUUCAUGUUGAAUGAAAAAUUGAGAGUAAGUGGUACUUGAGGGUCUCUCACUACCAAAAUCCAUAAGAUGGUAUUUUUAUAAUUUCAGGGUCGUCGAAUCGAAUAAGCGGACGAACAUGAAAGACGUUUGUCAGAAGGUUUUCAUUUUUUUUGCUUUUUCAAAAGUGCAAAUAUACCUUUUCCAGGUGUGGAGACUCAUGAAGAGGUACCCGCCACCCAAGGCUAAAUCGUUCACCCUGAACAAGAUCCCCGGUGUCAAUCGUCAAGUCGCGAUACGCGUUCGUUUUUCAAAGAAUUUAUGAAGGGUCGGAGAGCGUGGAAAAAGUGGAGGCGCCCAGACAUUUUGAUUUUAUCUGACUGUCUGGGUGCCUCCGCGUUUCUCACACUGUCUAGCCCUCGAUCAGGGGAGUAUGAAGAACUGGGAGUCUCCAACAAAAAAUAAAAAAUAAAAAGAUGGUCUGAGCCUGCGAAAAAAUUUCUAGUUUUUGAGAAUGGUUGAGAUUGAGAAGGUCAUUUUAUUUUGGAAAUUUCUCUGAAAAUUGGCCAGGUGUACUAGAUAAAGGUGCUAGAAGCCUCGACCUGCACAGGCGCCUAAUUUUCGGGAGAAAUUGAAAAAAUAGCCUUGUCAAUUCCUAGGUAGGAUAAUAAAAGAGGUCCGUUCUCGAAAAGUGGGAAUUUGUGCAGGUUCAGACCCCUUCCGGAUCUUUACCUGCUACACUGAAGAUGGUGUCUGACCAAUUUUCAGGAACUUUUCCGAAAUUAAAUGAUCUUUGAAAUUUCAGUCCGACUCGAGCGAACCGGAGAGAACACGAAGCACAUCCCGGUUCUCUAGAGAAACUAAGAGGACUAGGAAAAGCAGGAGUUAUACGAGACAUCGGACGGUUAGUAUACCCGAUUCACGGCUAACUUGGGACACUGAGGGGGCGUGGCGUGUCUGCGCUCUCCCCCAACCAGGCACUAUCUCUUCUGUUAUCGUUUCGGGACCUUUUUUGAUGGCUCAAGCCAGCUGUGAAUCAGAAAUCAGAAUCAUGUCGGCCUUGACUAUUUUGGAGAAAAAAGGACGGAAUUGGAAUACAGUAAUCCACACGAAUUUUUGUUACUGGUUACUGUAAAUUUUUUGAAAAAUUCAGAGCACCGUGUCCCAGAAAAAAGUCUGACUUUUUUGGAUUUCAAAUUUUUUUUUCGCGCCAAAAGCCGACCGUAACAAGCUCUACGGUAUCUACAGUAUCUAGAAAAUUCAAUUAUUCAACUCCCAUGUAGGUAAAGCCCUAGAUUGAAUUCAAAAAACAAAGACAUUUUGGCGCCAAUUCAAAAAUCACAGAAAAAUCCCUGACUUUCGGGAAAUUUUUUGAUGUAAAAACUGAUUAAUUUAGUCCGUUUUUCACAACUUGAAACUGCUAUUUUUCUCUGCGUCCUCCUGGCCUCUCAAUGCUAUUUUCCUUUUUCUCUGACCUAACCGGCGAGGGAACAGAGAGACGCAGACACGCGAAAAUUUUCAAGUCGCGAUGAAUGGACUAAAAUAGGAAGGGCGUGAAUUUCAGCAGAAAACUUAGGAAAUCUAUAGUUUUUCAAGGCGAGGAAAAAGGACCAUUACCUACUGUUCUAGGAUGAAAAGUUGAAGUAAUUAAGUUUUUUUUCCAGGAAACCUCAGUGCAGGAUGAUAUUGACGAUCAAACGGACACCAACCGUGACUCGGUCGACAACGAGGGAAGGUCAGUGGGCACAAUUGAAGAGACCGAACGCCGUAAAGAUAGGUUAGGCCAGGCUUUUUUUUUUGUAAUUAUCUUAGGUACUGCUCACUAGAUAGGCUAGGCUAGGCUUCUUACUAGGGAACUACUCGGACUCGGGUACGCGUUUCGAGUUGAAACUUUUGUGGCUAUUAGACCCGGGUAAGAGUACUUAGAAACAAGAGAAAUUAUCUGCUAAACCCCAUAGGUUUCGGAGAAAAAUCCUUUUGAAAAUGAACAGUAUAGGCUUGAAAUUUAUCAAAUCUUCUCUUUCCUCCUUCUUUUGGCGGGAAAAAAGUUUUUUAGAGUUUAUCAUAGCCGGAUCCUUCAAGGCGAUUGUAUUAAACUAGAAAAUAAGGUAAAAAACAGUAUUCUGAAAAUUUUCAGGCCUAAUUUUCACAUUUUCUACUGAUUUUUUCUCAGUUCUCUAUCGGGUUUAGCAGAUAUUCUCUCUUGUUUUCAAGUAUUCUCACUUAGGUCUAUAAACCACGAAAGUUUCAACUCGAUAUGCGUACCCGAGUCCGAGUAGUUCCCUAGUUAGUUCAUCCAACCCCACUGAGAAGCUUACUUUUUCUGCUCCUAUGCUUUGAAAAAAUAAAUCUUCAAAAAAAAACCGCGGGUGUCGUUUCAAAUUUUCCGAUCCAAAAAAGGCAGAUUCAAAAAGCGACGCCGGCUGUCGCCAUUUCGAAAAUACUAAUGAUUUUUUUUCACAGAUCGAUUUGCCGAUCGACGGAGGAGCAGGAAAAAACGGUGCAGCCGAGUCGACGCAGUGCUCAUUGA